GAAACAGCGAGUACCAACAAAAGCUUGAGACACGGAAGACGACGGCCUCGGCUCUUCCCUUCCCUCCGUGUUUUCAUUCAAAUUUGGUGGUUUGCGUGGGAGAAUUCCAGCUCCAGUAGCCCUGUUUGGUUUUGGCUUCCUAUUUGGUUCCAAUUCCGUGGUUUUCCUUACCGAUUAGAGAACCGAAGGAACAGGAAGAGGAGAUAAGAGUUGGAAGUGACUGGCGAAGAUGGGGGUUUCGGACAACACGAAAGGCUUCGCCUUGGCCGUCGUCUCGAGCGCCUUCAUCGGAUCCAGCUUUAUACUGAAGAAGAAGGGGCUCAAGCGCGCCGGGAAAUCCGGCACCCGCGCAGGAGUCGGCGGAUAUACAUAUCUAUUACAACCAUUGUGGUGGGCUGGAAUGAUAACAAUGCUUAUCGGUGAAGUUGCAAACUUUGUGGCAUAUGUUUUUGCCCCGGCUGCUCUGGUGACCCCUCUUGGUGCAUUAAGCAUAAUAGUCAGUUCUGUCUUGUCACACUUCAUGCUGAAGGAACGCUUACAGAGAAUGGGCAUUUUGGGUUGCAUAUCCUGCAUAGUUGGUUCUGUUGUUAUCGUGAUUCAUGCACCUCGAGAACAAUCUCCAAGUUCAGUGGAAGAAAUAUGGAAACUAGCAACUCAGCCUGGUUUUUUAAUUUAUGCUGCAACUACAUUGUCUUUUGUACUGGUGCUUGUCUUACACUUUGAACCCCGCUAUGGACAGACAAAUAUAUUAAUUUACUUGGGCAUCUGCUCUCUGAUGGGCUCACUGACGGUUGUUAGCAUAAAAGCCAUUGGAAUUGCAAUCAAACUCACAUUUCAGGGAAUAAGUCAGGUUACUUAUUACCAGACAUGGUUGUUUGUCACAGUUGCACUUGUUUGUGUCAUCUCUCAAAUGAAUUAUCUAAACAAGGCACUUGACACUUUUAACACAGCAAUCGUAUCCCCAAUAUACUAUGUUAUGUUCACUAGCCUUACAAUAAUUGCAAGUGCAAUAAUGUUCAAGGACUGGUCUGGACAAAACAAUAGUAGUAUUGCUUCUGAACUGUGCGGGUUUAUAACAGUUAUUUCAGGGACUGUCUUGUUGCAUACAACCAGAGAACAGGAAAUGGCUCCUGCCACAGCUACAAUAUCUUGGUAUAUUGGCAAGAGCACUGGUGAUCAUAUGAAGACUAUUGACGAUGAUCAUUUUGUGAUCUUGCAAAGUUCAGAUUGAUCAAAUCCGGUGAGGUAUAAUCUGGGUUACACUAAGGAGGUAUAAUCGAUCUUAUGUCCAGAGAUAUUGCGUUUGUGCAGGAUUGACGCAUCCUAUUCUUUAUUGGGUGUUCAAGGUAACUGCUUUGGCAGCAUUUGUUGAUAGGCAGGAUCUGUAAGUUUGGCUUAGAAGGGGACGGAGGGUAGGCAGCCAGUAGAGUUUAUUUGAAAGCCAUGUUGUUCGAUGGCUUCUCCGUUGAAGUUGCAAUCCAUGUUGCCUCUUACCUAUGUAGAUAAGAGCUCCUUUGCAUUCUCGCAUUGGACUGCUUAGUCCAAUUGUUGUUUGUAUUUUUUGUCUAUUCACUUGAGCAUGAAGAACUGCUAAGAUCUGUAAGUUUUGUUCCACAAAGCAUAUCGUGUCUUGAGUUA